UGCUGUACCAAAGAACUGCUUAAAUCAAAAAAGAACGAUUGGCUCAACAUUGAGUUCCACAUAUGCAAGCAAAGGAAGUUGGACUGUAAAGCCAUUUCUUUGAAGAAUUCAAUUUGUAAAAAUGAGCAAUCGUCUAACACGUAUCAUCUCUCUUUGGCCAAAAGAUGAGUUGCGUCCAUGGCUCUCGUUUCCUAAAGCGUUGGAUACAACGUUUCGCACCAAACUCGAGAAGCUUUCACCGGAAGAUAGAAAGAUACAAUUGAAUGCAGCUGAAAAGUUGUUGGAAAACACCUAUUGGAAUGAGUUUACACCCGAAAAGAACGUUUUGAAGCCGCAAUUCAACCCCAACUACUAUGAAAACCUCAAGCAGGUCCGCCGUAAAGAAGUAAAAGUCCCUUGGUUUAAACGAUUGUUUCAGAGCAAAUAAAUUUAUUACCAUCGGUUUACGAAAUUUUGAUUUCCAUUCUGCUUCUCCCCACUUCGCUUUUUCCUUUAAUGGUUUAGAAUGUAUGAAAAUUUAAAAUUUGAUCCUUUCUAUGAGUAGCAUAUUUGUUUUUAUUCACACAAGAUUUUUUCAGCAUGUAAACCACGGUUGAGAUUAACGACUUCGUCUUAAGAAAAAUAACAAAAACUG